AUGGCGGGUCCGCACGCGUUUCUCGCACUGGACGGAGACUCAGAGCCCUCCACGUCUUGCGCAAGUGGAGAAGGCCUGUGCUCUGCUCGGGCGUCUCCUCGCUCCAAAAGAAAAGGCGACUCUCCUUUCCCUUCUCCUGUCUCCCCUUCCCCCUCUUCUCCCGCGCUGUCUUCCUCUGUCUCUUCUUCCCACGCUUCUUCCUCUGUCUCUUCUUCCCACGCUUCUUCCUCUGUCUCUUCUUCCCACGCUUCUUCCUCUCUGUGCACGCUCAAGAAGGGGGAGGCAGUUGUGCUCGUGAGGCUGCUGGUCCUCGUUCUCGUCGUCGGCGGGGGGUUUUGCCUUGCCCGACACUUCUCCUUUCUCCAGCUUUUCAAAGACUCUCUGAAGGAUUACAGCCCGCGGGGACAGGCCGGGACGCGCGAGGGCGAGGGAGACACCGCCCCAGCAAACCCCGAAUCGACAGUGUACACCCGAGCCGUUCUCUUCGUCCUUCUCUACGCUGUGGGCGCCAUCUUGUUCGUCCCUGCGCCUGUCAUGUCCGUGGCUGCGGGCACACUCUUCUCUGACGACCUGAUCCUCCCGGUCUGCCUCAUUCUCGCCGUUAGGAAAGAAGGACUCAAAAUUCUUUUGUGUGCAAGGAUGGUGCUGCCGUACACUUUGAACAAUUACUUCCUCGGCGUCACAGGUGUCUCCUUCUGGGAAUUUGCGCUCGCGACAUUCGUCACGGGAUUUCCUUUCGCGUUUGCCUACGCCGCGAUUGGAGCGGAGCUUCGAGAUCUAGACUCGAUCUUUUCAGGUUCUUCGUCCUCUUCCUCUUCUGCUCCCUCUCUCUCUGUCUCUUCCUUCUUCCUCUCGUCGAAAUUCGCGGGCGUCGGAGUUAAGCCCGUUCUCGUCGUCGCUGCAUGCGCACUGCUCUUCGCGGGUGUACAUACAGUCAAGAACGUCGCUCGCCAGGCGCUGGCACAGGCGGCCAAGGAUGUCGACGCCCAAGAGGCAGAAGCGUUGUUGAAAGGAGACGAGCUGAAAGUGAAGAGGACCGAGUAG